AUAGAGCUGCAAAGAGAGCUGCAAAGAGAACUGCAAAGAGUCGGACCCCCACCAGCCGUAUCGCGCCUGCCAUACAGUACACCCGAAUACGCAGACCGCCAGCGUGCUAUGCGCCCAACGGCACCCUCGUCCCCCCCUCGACACGACCAGCACGUCCGGCCAGCAUGGACAUAAGCCACAUCCCCACCAUGGACUCGACGCGGUACAGCAAUCGCCGCAUAAACAGCGUGCAGACCCGCGAACGGCUGCAGCGACACAGCUCAGCGGCCUCGUCGGGGGUGAGCAGGCGCCCUGUCUCCGCCCAAGACGCGUACCUCUUUGCCCUCCGCGUGGGCUACCUCCACUACCUGCUCCAGCCCCGCCAGAAGCGCAUACAGCAUGUGGCGGCCCCAAAGCCCGUCCAGCGCAUCGCCACCAACACCGCUGCGACCAUCAUGUCCGAGGUCUCUUCGAUCAGAGAGUCAAAGAGCACCAAGUUCCCGAACGGCUUCAUGGGCGAGCUCGAGAAGCGCAUGACAAAGGUGCUCAUGGGCACCGAGAAGAUGCCUGAGUUCAGGGACCCCAACGUCAAGCGCACCUUCGCCGUCUUCUUGAACGCCUUCAAGGAGCCGCAAGCCAGGAGGAACAUGGAGCAGGACAGGAAGGUCGAGGGGCUGGUUCUGAUGUUCUUCUCCAACGCCACAAAGGAGAUGGGCAGAGGCAAGCAGCCCGGCGACGACAGCUGGAAGCUAAUGGUUGACCGACACCUGGCCCUGUUUAUCCGCCUGAUCAGCUCGACGCUAAGGGACCACGACUGGCAGCGAGACAGGCCAGAACUGCUCCAGCGACUGCAGAACAUGGAGAAGAAGCUCUUGGUGCACGACCAGGAUCUGACAGCCGACAGCACGCGCAAUGGAGGGCAGGGCGGCACCACGAUCGAGGUACUGGUGGAACGCUCUUACGAGAUUAAAGACAUGCCGCUUGUUUUGAUUGUCUCACGCAUCUUCUCCGUGUCCUACUCGGAUGUCCAGGCAGAUAUCAACAGAUACAAGGAGACCUGCACCGAAAAAGCAGCCUUGCUGGACCUCAAGACAUACCAGACGAAUCUGAGUCUGAUGACAAGAAAGACACUGAGCUCGGAAGACUUUGAAUCGGAAGAGGCAUAUGAGCUAUGGAAGAGCCAAGAAACUUCCGAGCUAUCACGCUUGAUCUUGGAGCUCAUGCAAGCAAAUCCAGACCUAGCAAAAGGCUCGACAGCAGCAGCUCAGAUCAGAUCACACAACGCAUCAGUCGACCUGGGCUCGCGGCAAGGCUCGCAGUCGUCUGAAAGUGGAGCAUACGGACUUGAUCAGGCCUUGGAUGGACUCAGCAUGCGCGACGACCUGGCCAAUGGCGACGAAUCAUACACCUUCAUCCCACCAGACCCCCGCAGCUACUAUCGCGCUAUCCUCAAGGAGGCGCUUACGUAUGAUCUCGCCGAUGCGCAGCAAAAUGAAGGAGUCAACGAGUACAUUGGCAUGCUCUCCAAACAGUCGCACGAUCUUUUGAGCGAAGUUGCGCAUCGGUGGAGACUGACGCUGCCUUCGCGAUUCAUCCUGUAUCUGGACGUCGUCCGAGAGAAAUACCUGGACCAAGAGCUGGAUCUUGAUACGUUGGACGCCGCAUUCAACUACGUCAAGGAGCCACCACCAGCGACAGACAAGAAGGCGAACAGGAUGAGCGUGAUGCAGAUGCCGCCACCGGACAUAUUGUCAGACCGCUCGAGAUGGACAGUGCACGACGCCCUGCUCAAUCAGCAAAUCUUAUCGUCACUCCACGAUACCUUGUUGCGAGAGUUGUUCGAGUUGAUGAUGUUCGUAUACGACACGAAAGCGCCACCGCUCGGCCCCAUCAUGUACAUCAUGACCAGCCACAUCUACGAGGACCCUACGUUUGACGUGCCCGACGAGGACCUGAACCAGUUCACAGAGCAGCUGCGCCUGGCCCUCCGACGGAAAGCAGGUGAUGUGUAUGGGGAGAUGCUGGCGAAGAAUAUCCCGGACACCAAGGAGGAUUGGGAGUUCUACCACGUGAUUGAGCUUGGGCGCGCCGUGGUGAAGUUGUGUGAGAAGAUCCAGAAGCGAUACCGCAAGAACCCCGAGGUCAUGGGUGUCAGCCCGAUGAUGUGUCUAGUGGAGGAGAUGUUCCCUGCGUACGCGACAGACGCGAGGGACAUUGUAGCGCGCAUCAUGGACGUAUUUCGUGCGAAGGGGGAGGAGAUCCCAGUCCAAGAUGGCUUCGAUCUCUACAAGGAAAUGGUCGAGAUUCGACGGAUACACAGCGACGCCUUACCAAACCAGCCAUUUGCCUUUCAGAUUGAGGGCCUGUUGCAGGAUUUCGUUUGGCGAUGGAUUCAGAUGACCGAUGCAAACCUUAUAGGCUGGGUCGACAAUGCAUUCAAGGCGGAUCAGUUCCAAAUCCAGUCACAGAACCCUGUUCCUGCCGACGACGAGCGACACAGUGUCUCGGUCGUGGACAUAUUCCGGUCUUUCAACCAAAGUAUCGAACAGAUCGUGGCCUUGAACUGGGACGACGACCUGCAGUAUGCCAAAUUCAUGACUGCGGUGUCAAAGUCGAUUGGUCUUGCCCUUGCCAGGUACUGUGACCUUGUCGAGCAAAAGUUCGCGAGGGAGAUGGAUCGCUUGACCCCGGAGCAAGAGGCUGCGGCACGACAAACGCGGACACAGCAGUGGGCGUCGAUGGCCAAGGAUCUGUAUGCGCAGAAAGAGGCGGGCGCACCUUUCAAUUUCUACCCCGAGUCACUCGUCAAGCUCAACAAUAUCGAGUACGCCAUGCAGCAGCUCGACAAGCUGGAACGCGAAAUCGGUGUCGACGCAUGUGCAGAAGUGAUUCAGAAGCACGCGCCGCCUCAAACACAGCGCAUGCGCAACAACAACUUCGUCUUCACGAUUAAGAUUAUUGAAGCGGAGGACCUCAAGGCAUGCGACAUGAACGGUCUGAGCGAUCCGUAUGUUGUUCUCGGCGACGAAUACCAGAAGCGCCUCGCGAAAACACGAGUAAUCUACGGCAACCUCAACCCACGCUGGGACGAGACAAUCGAUAUUACCACCAACGGACCGCUCAACAUUGUGGCGACCAUCUGGGAUUGGGACACUCUUGGCGAUCACGACUGUGUCGGUCGAACCUCGCUCAAGCUGGAUCCCUCGCACUUCAGAGAUUACAUGCCGCGCGAGUACUGGCUGGACCUCGACACUCAGGGCCGCCUAUUGCUGCGGGUGAGCAUGGAAGGCGAACGAGACGACAUUCAAUUCUACUUUGGCAAGUCGUUCAGAACGCUUAAGAGGACUGAGCGAGACAUGACACGGAAGAUCACAGACAAGCUAUCGUCUUUCAUCAGCCACACGCUCUCUCGUCGAACGCUGAGAGCGCUACUCAAUCGAGGAAUCUCGGUAACGUCGGUCACCAACUACUUCCGAGCAGCCCGCCCGCAAUCCGUCAUUCAAGGUCCAACAUCGCAGGAUAUCACGCAAGCGCUGGAUCCGCUCUUCAGAUACUUCGACGAGAAUUUUGCCGUCAUGAAGCAGACCCUCACAGAUGCUGCGAUGAUCAUGGUCAUGACUCGCCUGUGGAAGGAGGCAUUGGCGACGAUAGAGUCAUUGCUUGUCCCGCCACUCUCCGACAAGCUGUCCCAGCAGCGCCCACUGACGCAGCAAGAGCUCGACAUCGUCUUCAAGUGGCUCAAACUUUUGUUUGACUUCUUCCACGCCGCCGACGAAGACGGCAACGUCGAAGGUGUACCCAUGGACGUCCUCAAGUCGCCCAAGUACCACGAGCUCCAGAACCUGAACUUCUUCUACUUCGAGUCGACAGAAGACCUCAUCCGCACCAGCGAAGCCAUGGCCGGUGCCAGCGCUCGCAGACAGCAGGAGACAGCAGCUAGGCUGAACAGGCAGUCCGCGCCGCCCACCAUGGGCCACCAUUUUGGUGGUGCGGCGGGCCUUGUGGGUAUGCCGACACGCAAGCACAAGACCAUCAUGCUGAGCAGGAACUUGGGCACGAUGAAGAAGGCGAAGGAGGAGAAGCGGAAGGAGGCACAGGCCGAGCCCAACGAUGACAUGAUCUUGAGGAUACUGCGUAUGAGGCCCGAGGCGGAGAGAUACCUGAAGGAUCGAAGCAGGCAGAAGGAACGACUCGCGGCUGCGCAGGCCGCAGAGAUGAUUGUACGACAGAGCCUGAACGCCGGCGGUGGCCGUAUGACUGGCCUGGGCAUGGGCCGCGGGCGAUAGGACGUCCUGGGGCGUGUUUGAGUAGACCUUUCCUUGCUUAAGAUACCUCUGCAUCGUUGUGUUCGGCAUGGCGUUGUUUCAGGUAGUAUCUAAUAAUAGCCCUACCAACACAUGGAUUUACAGACUCUAACCGCUAACGACCGGCCUGCAGUGCAUUUCAAUAAGACAAGCCAAAAUUAAAUACAGACCACCUGGU